CGAGGGAGCAUUUUUGUUCAUCUUUAUUCCCACUCACCUGUUUCCCCUUUCUUCCUCCACCUCUCCUUCUCUCCAUCGCAUUUUUCCUUCGAUCAAAUCGAUUUCUUCAUAUAACAGCAAGGCGAAAAAGGAUCCCGUAUUCUAUACUCAAUCCAUGGCGCUUGGCUCAGGAGGAUCGAGUGUCGUGGUGCCUCGAAAUUUCAGAUUGUUGGAGGAGCUUGAGCGUGGAGAAAAGGGUAUCGGAGAUGGCACUGUGAGCUAUGGAAUGGAUGAUGGUGAUGAUAUUUAUAUGCGUUCUUGGACUGGCACCAUCAUCGGCCCUCACAAUUCUGUGCAUGAAGGACGCAUCUACCAAUUGAAGCUAUUUUGUGACAAAGAUUACCCUGAGAAGCCUCCUACUGUUCGUUUCCAUUCUCGGGUUAACAUGACUUGUGUCAACCAUGAAACUGGAGUGGUGGAACCAAAGAAGUUUGGGAUAUUGGGGAAUUGGCAAAGGGAGUACACAAUGGAAGAUAUAUUGAUUCGGUUGAAGAAAGAGAUGGCGUCUCCCCACAAUCGCAAACUUGUUCAACCCCCGGAAGGCACUUGUUUCUAGUUGGUGAAGGAAGGAACUACUACUUCUACUUCUACUACUACGGGUGUUGUAAUAGAUGAAAUGAAUCAAUGACAUUUUUAAUGGUUUGAUUGCCUUUGAAAAAAAAAAAAGCCAUGUGAAUGCUUGGUGAUGUUUGAUUAUUAAUGGGAUUUGUGUUCUUGUCAA